CCGGCGGCCGCGGAGGCGCGAGGACGCGGAGCCCCGGCGGGGCCUGGGGCAGGUGGGGGCGGAGGCAAGAGGUAGUGUAAUGGCAGAGAAGGCACCUGGGGGCAUUAGCCCCCUGCAGCAGAUGGUGGCAUCAGGCACAGGGGUCCUUGUUACCUCCAUUUUCAUGACCCCGCUGGAUGUGGUAAAGGUCCGACUACAGUCCCAGCGCCCUUUUCCCACCAGUGGGUUGGCAAAGUCCAAGAGAUCCUGGAGCAUCCCCUAUACUAAAUGGAAGUGUAUGCUAUACUGCAACGGCAUUCUCGAGCCCCUCUAUCUGUGUCAGAAUGGUUCUCGCUGUUCCGUCUGGUACCAGCAUCCCACCUACUUCACAGGCACCCUGGAUGCCUUUGUGAAGAUUACUCGGCACGAGGGUGCCAGGACCCUGUGGAGUGGCCUCCCUGCAACUCUAGUGAUGACAGUGCCUGCCACCGCCAUUUACUUUUCCACCUAUGACCAGCUCAAGGCCUUCUUAUGCAGCCGAGCUGUGACUUCUGACCUCUAUGCACCCAUGGUGGCAGGAGCUCUGGCUCGACUGGGCACCGUGACUGUGAUCAGUCCCCUGGAGCUGGUGAGAACUAAGCUUCAGACUCAGCAUCUGUCCUACCGUGAACUUGGGGCCUGUGUCAGGGCAGCCGUGUCCCAGGGCGGCUGGCACUCUCUCUGGCUUGGCUGGAGUGCCACCGUGUUGAGGGACGUGCCUUUUUCAGCCCUGUACUGGUUUAACUAUGAGUUGGUGAAGUCGUGGCUCUGUCAGAUGGCAGCCAAGGACCGGACCUCUGUCAGUAUCAGCUUUGUGUCUGGAGCCUUCUCAGGAACAGUGGCUGCCGUGCUCACACUGCCUUUUGAUGUGGUCAAAACUCAGCGUCAGAUGGAGUUGGGAAACCUGGGAGCCUUGAGAGUAACAUCCCCACGGUCCCCAUCCACCUGGCUGCUGCUCCGACGAAUCCAAGCUGAGUCUGGGGCCAGAGGACUCUUUGCAGGCUUCCUCCCACGGAUCAUCAAAGCAGCCCCUUCCUGUGCCAUCAUGAUCAGCACUUACGAAUUGAGCAAAAACUUUUUCCAGAGACUGAACCUGGAAAAAUGCCCUCGGGGACCCUGAGGGAAGAGAGAGAGAGAGAUG